AUGGGAUUGCUUGUAAUGCUUCAUUUAUUCGGCCUACUUGGGCACAUUUUUGUGGAAGGACUUGAUUUUCGAAAUGUGAAUUCCCGAGCCAGCUCUCCGAGUUAUGUAAAUCCUUAUGGAGAACUUCGGCAAUUCCUCUCGUCAACUCAGGCUCCUCUACCGUAUCCUUUUUCAAAUAUGCAUUUCAAUUUCACCGAUCAACAGUUAUUGAUGCUAGGUUUGGCAACCGAACAGCCCCAAGAAGCCAAUCAGGAAUCAGUUAAUUAUGGCUUAACUUUGGGCGAAUCAAUUGGACAGAGUCUCGCCUCAGCGCAUGGAACAUCAAUAAACCAGCAUCAAUUUGGAGUGCGACCAUCAGCUGAACACAAUCCGCCACAAGAACAAAAAUGGGCAGCCGCCCCACUCGAAUCCACGGAAAACACAACUCCUUUUAUCUGGACAACGACAAAAAAGGCACCGAAACUUUCGAAAUUUGCUACAAAGCAAGAGAAGAAUGGAAGCGGACAGGCAAGAGUCAAAACGGCGGCUCAUGUAUCAGUGCCUUCACAUCGUUUACUCAAUGAUCUCUUGGUAAUCCCAUCACCUAGAAGACUCUACAUUCUCGCCAUUUUGCCUAUUCAUCAAAGUGCUGAUUCUAGAGGGCUUGAUUGCGGAAAAGUUGAUGUUGAUGGAUUUGUGCGAUUGGCUGCGUUCUUGGACGCUUUAAAUCAAGUAAAUAGUGGAAGAUCAAUGCGAGAAGCUGGUUUAUCCCUGGGAGCUGUAGUCAUCGAUUCUUGUCGCUCAGAUUUGAGAACAGUAGCCGAUUUGUUUGAGUUGUUAAGCGGGACGAAUAUUCAUCGACAAGAUCUGGUGGCUCUUGUGCGGGAUGAUGGGUCUCAUAUGCCGAAUGUUGACGACUUUGCGAAACAUCUCAAGUUGCCAACCAUCAAUACAUUCUUUUCAAGAAGAGAACAACCUUUAUCAACGGGGACUUUGCCUCCAGUGACCACCCCAUUAGAGGCUCUUACUUCCCUUCUUGCAUACACUCACUCAUCGUGUGCUACUGUUGUAUAUGAUGAUCUUUUCGCUGAUGCUGUGACUGUGUUAUCAGAAAUGAGUAUUUCGAGAGGUCUUUGCAUUGAACAAAAAAUGUUGCUGAAUACAGCUGGAUCAGCGGUUGGAUCAGUUGGAUCAGCGGAUGCUGUUGUGAGAAAAAUGUUGCUCACUGAGGCUCGAGUUGCAAUUGUUCUGCUUGGAGAAGGGAAUUGGCUUCAGUUGAUGAAAGCUUUCCGAAAUGAAAUGGUGAUCGCUGGACGGUUCAUCAUUUUCUCGAUUCAAGAUCCCAGAUGGCAAUCAGCUAAAGAAUGGGCAACCGCUUGGCCACAUUUUGAUCAACUCUUGGUCUCGGUGACACCACGAAAACCGGCACAGGCCAUGUAUUUGCAUCAACUUGCGCAACUUUUUCCAACUUUUCCAUUCCCUCAACAUUGGUUGCGACAGUUUUGGUCAACCGCUUUCAAGUGCCACAUUGAAGGAGAAACCGUUCCAGGAGAACAGUUUUCCAAGGAAUGCUCGCAUAAACAACAGCUCAAUAUCACAAAAAUCUCACCCGACAUUGACGUUUCGCCGAUUCAGAUUGCCGUUCAUUCAGUGGCAUAUGCCUUGCGAAAAGUUGUCGACACUGUUUGUCCUGGUGCUCUCCUUUCCACGUUGAAUGAUUGUUUAAACGACCCAUCUGAUGCUAUCUUUUCUUCGAUUCUUGGCCUCGACUUUGUGCACAAUCUUGUUGAAGGAGGAGUGAGAUACAAUGUCUCAACUAGACACCGCGAUCAGCCGCUCAUUCUGAAUCGAGUGCUUUUCACAUCACAGCUCGAGCUUGAGCCGAUUGCCACUUGGGAUUCACUGAAUGGAUUACAGUAUACAUCACCGGUUGAGUUGGUGAUGGAAGAAAGAGAUGGAACACGAGUACCUCUUCGGAGUAUUUGUCCGAAAUCUGCUUGCUCAACGGAAAGACGACUUCGUGUGCUUUCUGGUUCAAUUCCUUUAGUGAGACAAUCUCUGGAAUCAGUUCCACUUGUCGUGUUAGCAGUGGUUGCUGUUGUGACAUUCAUUGUUGUCUUGAUGUGCAUCUAUUUGAAAGCAAUUUCCUCCCAUAGUGAUAUUUUUACAUCGUGCACAAUUUUCUCCUUUAGCGGUCUUUGCAUGCUUUCCCUCGUUUCAAUUUUCUUUUUAAUGCAACCAAAUGUUUUAUCAUGUGCUGUUCGAAGAAUCGCUUUCUCUGUCUCUUUAGCUGCUACCAUUGCCCCUCUUUCAGUCAAGUCAAUAUUCGUCUGGCUUUCUGGGCUUUCACCAACCGGUAAUGCUGUCUCUCGUUCUCCAUCACAAAUGUUUCUCGUUUCAUUUGGACUUGUUCUAAUUCAAACAGUGAUUGCCGUUGAAUGGGCAUGGUUUGAGUCUCCAAUUGCUCUAUCUUUUGCUACUACCGCUAAAGGCACUGCUUGGAGGUGUGCGCCUGGAGAAGAGUUCGAGACAAGGAUGACUACAUCUUGUGCUCUUCCGGGCUUAAUGUUACUUCUUGGAUUGUUCUUCUCUCUUGUUUCUAUCAAACAUUCACACAGUCGACAAAAUGUUCUUUUAUGUGUGCUUUCAUUGUUUUUUGCGGUCAGUCUUUAUCUCAUUUUGCCCCUUGUCAACUUUCAACUCAGGGAUCAAGUUACAACAGCUGGAAUUCUUUUAUAUAUUUACCUCUUUUUGAUUAUCUCCUUCUGUCGUGGGGCUUUUUCGAAAGAGGACGAUGCAUCACAGACCGGAACACUGGUUGGGAAAAAAUCGUUUGAUUCUUUCAAUGAGCACAAUAACACAACUUAUUGGAUCUCUCGUGAUGCAUUAAUGUCCCCAACGGGAAUGACAUCUCUUCAACGAAUGCCGCCCGCAAUUCAAACCAACGAUUCUCUUCAUCGUCCACAUCAUCUAACUCAUGAUGGGGUUACCUCGACUCUACCAAGACCGAUGUCUGCUGUCAAUGGGAAUUAUACGGCUACUCUGAUGCGCCCGAAUGGAGUCAUUGGUACCAUUGAACCGACACAAAUGAGGAGAAAUUCAAUGUCAAUGGGAAUGCAAACCGUGGGAAUGGGCCCGAUGAUCCAUCCGCUACCACAACAGAGAAUGUCGCAACUUUAUGGUGUUCAUGGAUAUGAGUCAGAACCCCGAUCGGAACGAAAUGAGAUGGCAACAAUGCAACGUGCACACAAGAGUCAAUUUCAAGAAUAUGUCGAGGAAUCAGGACAACUA